AACUCAGUUCCCGCGGUGCACCGGGGUAUUUCAAACUGAGUGAGCGCGAGAGCAAGAACCCGGUGAAUAGAAACAAAUUUAAAGUAGCCGGUUUCCUACAAAGUUCCUCAACAUACUUGUCUGAAAAAACAAUCUUAUACGCACUUCAGGAGGUCACCUGUCACGUUAUUGUAUUUUGAAGGUUUGCAAAUCCUGUUUUUGGGAAGCUUCUAGUUGGGAAUGGAAAAUAUGGAUAAACCUUGCCUUUUCAAAUCUCCUUGCGAGCAGGAAAGUAAAAAGAAACAAUCAGGUUCUUGGAAUGAGAAUCAUAAAUCUUUGGUCAUUCCUGCUUCUCCCUUCAUGAAGAAGUUAGGCUAUGGCACUGGAGUUAAUGUUUACCUCAUGAAAAGAUCCCCCACAGGCAAAUCAAGUUCUCCAUGGGCUGUGAAAAAAAUUAAUGCCAAGUGUAAUACAGAGCAGCAAAAUAUUUACUUAAAGCGACUUCAGCAAGAAGCCAAACUGCUGAAAGAUAUUGAGCAUCCAAAUAUUGUUGGGUACAGAGCUUUUACUAAAGCAAAUGAUGGUACUCAGUGUCUAGCUAUGGAGUUUGGAGGAGAGAAGUCUUUGAAUGAUUUGAUAGAAGAAAGGAAGGAAAAUGGCAAAGAACCUUUUCCUGCUUCUACCAUCCUGAAAGUAGCUCUGCAUGUAGCUUAUGGAUUAAAGUAUCUGCAUAAUGAGAAAAGAAUCUUGCAUGGAGAUAUCAAAUCUUGUAAUAUCGUCAUUAAAGGAGAUUUUCAGACCAUUAAGAUCUGUGACGUUGGUGUUUCACUCAAAUUAGAUGAAAACAUGCAAGUAAGUGAUCCUAAAGCAUCAUACAUUGGAACUGAACCAUGGAAACCAAAGGAAGCUCUGGAAGAAAAUGGCCUAAUUACAGACAAAUCAGACAUCUUUGCCUAUGGCCUUACAUUAUGGGAAAUGGUGACUCUUUCUAUGCCUCAUAUAAAUAUUUCUGAAGACUCUGCAGAUGAGUAUGAAGACAGCUUUGAUGAUAGUUUUGAUGAAGAUGCUUAUUAUGCAGCUUUAGGAACGAGACCUGCACUUAACAUGGAAGAACUGGAUGAUUCCUACAGACAGGUUGUUGAACUGUUCGUCGUUUGUACAAAUGAAAAUCCUAAAAAAAGGCCCUCAGCUGCAGAGAUAGUAGAGGAAUUGGAGAAAGCAACUGAAAAGAAAUAAAGUGCAAUGAAAUCUUUUGUCCAACCUGUCUUUGUUUUAUGAAUGUACUUGUAUAAAAUGUAUUGUACUAACCCACUUUUAAGAUUCAUGUUAUUGUCAUUUAUAUUUCACAAGUUAAACUGAAUAAAAUGCACGAGCAGCAUAUUUACAGUAAAUGUCCUACGAUUCAAGGUGUGACCUGUUCAAUAUACCAUGUGGGACUUAGUUGAAAUGUAUGACUGGCCUGGCCUUGCACCACUCUUUUUGUUGAUGUUAUUGUGGAAACUUUAUAUUCAAGAUACUGAUUCUGAUAGAGAAUGAGAACGUGGCAGUUUUAAUAUUGCUUAAACAGAAUUAAAGCAAUUUCAAUCGUGUGACUCAUUUUAAUUAAAAUAAAACUAUUCUUUCAAAUAUU